AUGCCUGUCAUACCAUUACGGUAUGAAAGUUUGAAGGCGAUUCUGCCGUACAUGGACCCAAAUACACGAUUUCAAAUCUCUCUACACAUUCCAUCAGUCAGCUCCCUUGAGAGCCGCAUACCACUGAAAAUCGAGAAUUUGACGUUUGCAGGUUCAUUUACGGAGGUGAAUGAGGUCUCCUACCGCCUUGCUGUAUACCGUGAUUAUGGACGCAACGAAACUCCUCUCGAUGUUGUCCGUAUGAAUCAAAGGGGAGGGUCUUUCAAUGACAUUGAUCAAUAUGGAGUCAUCAUAUAUCCCGGAUUAAACCACGUACUUCCAGGAGAUCUCGAUUUGAGAACAGGAGUUCAACUAGAUGUUCCGGUUUAUACGGAGGAAUGGGAACAAGGUCAUGCGCAGCAGCUGAGAAUUUUAAAAAUGUUGUUAGCCGAACGGUUGAAUCAGGAGUAUAUUGAAGACGACGAAACCAGGAAUGCAGGGGCUUCCAAUGAGACAUUUCGACAAACUGUAUUAAACGAUUCUGUAGAAUCCAUUCAAGAUCAAAUUCAAUCACUUCGGGACCGGCUCAGUGCUUAUAACAAUCGUCGAAACAAUCAAAUUCCUCCUUGUACCUCUUGGAUUCAAUUUACUACAAGCUCUCCAAAAGGAGUAACAAUCCAUCGUGUCGCAUACAAUAAGUAUCUUUAUGAAGCAAAAAAGGCGGUGCACACGAAACUAUUUGGAAAUCGUGAUUUGAAUAUAUCAGUGAAGAAUCUGAAAAUUGAGCUUCACGAUCGAAUUAUCCGUUUUCCCGCGGCAACUGUUCUGAAAAUCGAAAAUUUAGAAGUUCUAUUCUGGAAUUCGCUUGCAUUGGAUCGUUUCAAACAAGUCAUUCAUCCAUCAUCUUUUCCACUUCAACAACUGAAAGUUUCAAGUAGUGUUUUCGCUGCAGAUUUUCAACACACCAUUGUGAGAGAGGCAAAAAUAUUGAUCAUCGGUAAUAUUACCAGUGAAAAUGGUUCAUGGACCCCAAUUCUUCGAAAUCUGACCAACCGAAUAGUGUACUUGGAGAAUGAGAACAGACGAAAUCCACCAAAUAAUUAUAUGGAUUUGAUUGAGAAUUGGUUGGAGAGAGGGCGUCCGAUUGGGACCACUUUCUAUAUGGGAAUCAAAAACGAAGAGACCGUGAAGCAAUGUUUGGACAUUUUGAGACAGAGACAAGAAGUUAUUGGAUCUUCUGAAAAACAAGUUCAACUCCGUAUCAAUGCUGCAUUGAUGCUCGAAGUUUCUUAUGAAAUGAUUGAACAACCUGGGAGAUUCCUGAGAAAUGCCCAUGGGAAGUGGUGGCUGAGACUAAGAGUUGUCCGUGGAAGAUCUGAUUAA